UUGGAAGUAUCUGGAACACUUUACGACACUGUUGACAGCGGAAGCUUUUUCUCAACGCGCAAGUCUGGUGUGGGGUUUGUUUUUUUUAAGUUCUGAAUGAAGUUGUCUACGAAAGCUGUCGUUAAAUGAGCGUUUUUGAUUUAUUUCGCGGGUUCUUCGGAGUCCCUGGAGGUCAUUAUCGUGGCCAGAGGGACCCCUUCUUUGAUGCUAUGACUCGUGAUGAUAAUGAUGACGACGAUUGUGAUGAAGAAGAUGGAUUCUCCUGCGAUGGGUUCCGGGCGGACCAGCAGGACCCCUUUGACGGUGCCUGGAGGUUCGGCUUCAGCGUGGGCCCCGAUGGGAUGAGGACGCAGGAGCCGCCAGUGUUUGGCCACCUCCUCAGGGAAAUGGAGGAGAUCUUCUCCCUGCUGGGCCGCCGGGAGGGACAGCCGGAUUCUGGACCCUUUGAUGUUCCCAGUAUCAUGCUGCCGCCUCAGGGCAGAGCUGAAAGGGGUGGAGGGGGAUCUGGGGAGAACCCCCUGAGAGACUUUAUGCUCAAGUCCCCUUACAACAACCCACAAGGACCCCGAGAAGGCCCGCCUAGACAGCCCAGAAGUGAUGACCACCCAUCUUAUGAGUCACCAAACUUUCCCAGCUCGCCAUUCCAUGGAUGGCCCUCUAUUUCAAAGUUUAAUGAUAUCUGGAAAAGAGGGCCACACAAAUCUUCAGAGGAGGAGCGCAAAGAAGACCGAGAUCUGGACUCUGCAGUGUCCUCUGAGGGCUUGGAUCAGGUUCUGACGCCACCUGCUGGUCCGUUACCGAACCAACCCAGAGCCCGCUCCUUCUUCCAAUCAGUGAUAGUCACCAAGGUGGUGAAACCUGAUGGGUCUGUAGAGGAGAGGCGAACAGUUCGAGACAGCCAAGGCAAAGAAGAGUCCACGGUGACCCGCUCAGGAGGUUCUGGUGGCCAAGAGGGACCUGUCCUAUCAGGUCGUCAAAAUCCAUUUUCGGACAUGCGGGAUGAUGACUCCUUGUUCAAUUUCUUUGGGAGGUUUAGAUAACGUGUAACGUGGAGUAUCGUCUCUCGACUGGUUGACCAUAGCUUUUGUACCCUGAAAACGUUUCAGUUAACGAGGGAUUUCCCCAAAGAUGUGAGUUUGCAUAUGUAUAGUUUAUAUCUAUAUGUCAUGGACAGAACACUUGACUGUCUGUUGCCAAAAUGAACGUGUAGGAUGGAUUAUGAUUUCUGGCCUGUUUAAGGUCACACUGGGGUUUCCAACUCACGUCGACGAGAAGCUGCCAAUCCCGAAGACCGCAUCGGGGUCGUGAACAAAUUCACAAUUACAUAUUUUGUUUUGCAAUUGUCCUGUAGGAUAAGUGUGUAUGGAUAAGAGUGUGUGAUAUGUCAAAUAAAGAAUGUUAAUAUAUUUACACUGUU